CCGAGCCGGCCGCCAAAAUUAUUACGCACAAUUCGCUGAGCGUGUACGGUGGCGGCGUCAUGUGCGCCUCCCCGUCCACGGCUCCCGGCUUCUUCAAUCCGCGCCCCCAGUCCGGCGCCGAGCUGUCCGCCUUCGACCUUGGACUCUCGCGGUCCAUGGGUCUGGGCGUACCGCCGCAUGGCGCCUGGCAUGAGCCGCAUUCGUCCUCGCUGGGCGAUCACCUGCACGCUGCAUCGGCGGGUCCUGGUGGCUCCCUGGCCACCGGUGGCACCACCACCGGAGGUGGCAGUGUGUCCGCCGGUGGGGGACAGACCACGCCGAGCAGUGUGGCCAGCCAACAGUCGGCGGUGAUCAAGCAGGAUCUGUCGGCGAAUCUCAACCAGAGCAACCAUCAUGGAGGCGGCAUUAAGGAGGAUCUCUCCAGCUUGCCCAGCUCCAAUGGAGGUUCCGCCGGCGGUCACCACUCCAGCGGGGGCAUCCCCACCGGCCACAACUCGGACAUGUUGCCGCUGAUCAAGGGACAUGGCGGUGGAGGCGGCGGUCAGGAUAUGCUCACCAGCAUCAAGGGCCAACCCACCGGCUGCGGCAGCUCCACGCCCAGCUCCCAGGCCAAUAGCUCCCACUCGCAGAGCAGCAACAGUGGAUCGCAGAUCGACAGCAAGCAGAACAUCGAGUGCGUCGUCUGCGGCGACAAGAGCUCCGGCAAGCACUACGGCCAGUUUACCUGCGAAGGUUGCAAAUCGUUCUUCAAGCGCUCUGUGCGACGCAAUCUCACAUACUCGUGCCGCGGCAGCAGAAACUGCCCCAUCGAUCAGCACCAUCGGAAUCAAUGCCAAUACUGCCGCUUGAAGAAGUGCCUCAAGAUGGGCAUGCGACGCGAAGCUGUCCAACGUGGACGCGUUCCGCCAACACAACCCGGUCUGGCCGGCAUGCACGGCCAGUACCAGAUCGCCAACGGUGACCCCAUGGGCAUCGCUGGCUUCAACGGGCACUCGUACCUUAGUUCCUACAUCUCGCUGCUGCUCCGGGCGGAGCCAUAUCCCACGUCCCGCUACGGCCAGUGCAUGCAGCCCAACAACAUCAUGGGCAUCGACAACAUCUGCGAGCUGGCCGCGCGGCUCCUCUUCUCGGCGGUCGAGUGGGCCAAGAACAUCCCCUUCUUCCCGGAACUGCAGGUGACCGACCAGGUGGCCCUCCUCCGCCUCGUGUGGUCGGAGCUGUUCGUCCUGAACGCCAGCCAAUGCAGCAUGCCGCUCCAUGUGGCGCCGCUACUGGCGGCCGCCGGCCUACAUGCCUCCCCGAUGGCCGCCGACCGUGUGGUGGCCUUCAUGGAUCACAUCCGCAUCUUCCAGGAGCAGGUGGAGAAACUGAAGGCGCUGCAUGUCGACUCCGCGGAGUACUCCUGCCUCAAGGCGAUCGUGCUCUUCACCACCGGUAAGUUGCUGGACAUCCUUUACAAGGAUGUGCCAGCGCUGCUCACCAAGGUUUCAGCACUGCUCGGCAAGGGCAGCUCCCCGGCGACCAAUGAUGACAUUCUGGCCGUGGUUCGAGAGCACCUGGAUGAGCUCAAUCGCCUCGAGCUGGAGUCGCAGGCUUCACAGCAGGCACCGAUCCAUCUGGCGGCGUUUAUGAAGAGCGUGGCCGGCGUUGAGGCUGCAGUGCAGCAGGCGGAGCAACUGCAGCAGGUUCAGGCUUCUGCCUCUGCCUCUGCGGCGGCUGCUCCUGCUACCUUGGUGCCCUCCGCUGGUAGCGCCUUCAAGCCCGCUGGUCUUAAUGGCAACGGAACCGGCUCCGGCUCUGGCUCUAGCUCCGAGGUGGAUCUUCUGGCCAGCCUGUAUGCCCAGGCACAAGCCACGCCCCCAAGCAGCGGCGGCGGCGGCGGAGAGACCUCCUCUGGGCACAACAACAGCAGCGGGCUGGGCGCCUCGCUUCCUACUCAAUCGCAAAGCGGUUCGUCCUCCCGCAACCUAACCGCCUCGCCGCUGAGUACUUCGCUGGCAUCCGCUCAAGCACCCGCUCCUGGCUCCCCCUCCUCUGUCCCAGUGACAUCCGUGUCGACCGCCUCCUCGACCUCCUCGCUGGCGGGUGGAGCCUAUCAGACGCCUUCGGCUGCGGCAGCGGCGGCAGCUAUGUUCCACUAUCAGACUCCGCCGCGCGCCGCCUUCGGCUCGGCCUUCGAUAUGUUCCACCACAGCACGCCCUUUGGGGUGGGAGUGGGUCACGCCCACGCCCUGGCCCACUCGGCGGGCGGCGGGAGUGCGUCCUUCGGCAGCCCCAGCUACAGGUAUUCGCCUUAUAGCCUGGCCGGCAGUAGAUGGCAGUUGUAGGAUCUCACAGAAUCGGCCCCCCCUUGUACUUAUCUGUAUA